AUGUUGCUGCUGCUGCUCGCGGCGCCAGCGCUAUCCGCCACACGGCCGCUAUCGCGUCCGCGCCUCGCCGCGCCCGCUGCUGCACCUUCGCCGCUGCUCGCCUCAGCCCGACGGCACCGGCACGCGCCACCGAGGGCGAGUUUGGUGCUUCCGGCGGUGAGUGGACCGCUGCUCGCCGCUGGCAUCGGCGGCACUUUUGCCGGCUCGCUGCACGCGGUGACGGGCCCGGACCACCUCGCCGCGCUGCUGCCCCUCUCGAUAGGGCGGCGGUGGUGGACUGCGCUAUACACGGGCCUUUACUGGGGGCUCGGGCACGGGAUUGGCGCCGGGCUGGUGGGGCUGCUCGCCUUCCUGGUGCGCGGCGCGCUCAACCUCGACGCGAUCUGUGUCUACAUGGAGGCGGCCGUCGGCAUCUCGAUCCUCAUCAUCGGCGUCAACGGCGUGCGUGAGGCGUGCGCGCGCGAGAGAGAGAGAGCGUGCGGCACACGCGCGGCGCGCGAGUGGAGCAGCGACGUGCAGGCGGCGCGUGCUCUCGCCGAAGACGAGCGCGCGGCGGGCGACGCGGCGGGAAGCGCAAUCGACGGCUCGGUCGCCGCCGCAGUGGCUCCGCUCGGCGCACCGGGCGAGGACGAUCCGGCUGCGGCGCUGCUUCCGUCGGGGGGAGGCCCGUCGGAGCGGCAGUCGGUCGCCUCGACGCUGCUCACCGGCAUCCUGCACGGCUGCUCCGGCUCGGGCCACCUCCUCGGCGUGAUGCCUGCCCUUGCGAUGCCGUCCGUCGUCUGCGCACUCACGUACCUCUCCUCGUUCGGCGUGGGGACGAUGCUGGCGAUGUCCUCCUUCACCGCGGUGGUGGGGGAGCUGUCGGUGCAGAUGGGGGAGCGGAUGCACCAGCCGGACGUCCCCGCCAAGCUCUCGCUCGCCACGUCCCUCUUCGCGUGCGCCAUGGGCGUCGGCUGGACCGUCAAGGCGCUGCUCGAGCUUGGGGUGGGGCGGUGGCUGCUCGCCUCGGCGCGCAGGUUGAUCGCCGCCUGAGCGGAGGGGCGCGCCGGCUGAGCGACGCCCCCUCGAUCGCAUUCCUCCGCGUGCGGCAGCUGCCGCCCACCUCUCCACAGCCUCUCCACCCCCGACCCGCAACUUGACCUCUCCUCCCGGUGGACCUGUCGCCGCGCCGCGCGCGCUCGCGCCACACACCUACGCUACUUGACUCUGGCUCGCAUGACGCCUCGUCCCAACGGGGUUGCACGCGGAUCGACGUGCCGCGUUGUGCCUAUGACUCGUGGGAGCGGACGGACGCGAGAGUGUCGUUCGGCUCCCUCGGGCGCGGCGCGCGUGUCGAUAAGAUGUCGCGAGCGAGGGGUGCAACACGGCACUCGCGUAACUAUUUGACAGACUUUUUUACGACU